GCCACGUCGAAUACUUUGACUAAAUGAAGACCUUUGCGACAGAAUCUUUUAACUUUUGACUUGUAGAAUAAUCAGCGUUAGUAAAUUCUUAGGAAGAUGUCUUUCACAACUUUAGAGACAACGAAUUUUCCUCUGUAUGCCGUGAACGUCCUAGAUAAGGAUCAUUUUUUGAUCGCCGGUGGUGGAGGGGCGGCGAAGACCGGGGUCCCAAAUGCUUUGAAUAUUUACAAGCUUGGCCGAAACAGUAAAGAACUCAAAGCAACACUAGUCCAUAACUUUGAAGCUGGGAGGAGGCCAAUUAUGAAUUGUGCGAUUCAUCCAACAUCAAAUGUCAUUGCUGUUGGAAUGGACAAUAAAUGUCAGUUACUUGAGAUUGAUAUGAAGGAGGAAGUAAAGAACACUGAAAAAGUGAAAGGAAAAAAAAAAGUUAUUGUCAAAGAAAAGACACAAGAAUUUAUUGUCAAAGAAUUAGAAUCUAAAGUGACAGUUUCAGCAGAGGACAAUGAUUCAAAAGAUGAUGAUGAUGUAGGUUUUCAGAAAGUUGUGCGAUUCACAGCAGAUGGACAGCACAUUAUUACUGGAGGAUCUGAUGGGCAUGUUAGGGUUCUGAAGUAUCCCUCCUUGGAAAGUAUCCAUGAUAUAAAAGCUCACACAACAGAUGUUGAUGAUUUAGAUGUACAUCCUAAUUCACGUCAGUUUGUAACAUGCUCAAGAGACACAACAGCUUAUGUGUGGAGGCUGGAAGAAGGCAAAAAACAAUUCCAGUUGUAUUUUUCUGUUAACAAUGAAGAUAACUUCUUUAGAAUCAGGGCAUGCAGGUUUUCUAGCAAUGAAAGAAAGGAAUGGAGUCUGUUUACAAUAAAUGUGCCAUCCAAGUUCAAUAGAAAGGCUCCAACACCUUCAUACUUAGUCAAGUGGGACUGCACAAAAUGGCUGCCACAACUGAGUCAGGCUGCUGGUAUUGAACCUCUCACACAAAUGGCUAUCAGUGGAAAUGGGAUAUUUGUUGGAGUUGGAACAGCAGAAGGUGAUAUCUCAGUUUACAUUGCAUGGAAUCUGGCUCCCUUGACUACUCUUAAGGGUGUUCACAACAUCUUCGUCACAGGACUAACAUUCCUUCCCAGUUCUCCACUCAUCAAUGAUCACCUGCGCAAUGAGUUUGCAUUGCUUAGUAUAUCUGCUGACAAUGCUUGUAAAGUUACUACCCUUAAAAGAAGAGGCGAAUAUAGUUACUGGUGGAUUCUUGUAGGAUUUUUAGUUUUACUUUACCUAACCCUUGUGGUUCUAGCUUAUGCAGGCAUUGAUUUAUAGUGAAUUGUUUUUGUAAUUUAACGAAUAUAAUAGAAUGUUACUGAAAUAUUAUUAUCUGAUGUAUUCUAUGGAAGGAAUAUGAUUUUUGAAUUUAUGACAAGUAGAUACUUUAGCUUUGAAUUCCACAAUGAGUUGUAAAUAUUUCUUAUGAUAAUAAUUUCAAUUGCUAUUGUUUUUGCCAGUUUUUUCUUGCAUUCAGGGUGCCUCUUCAUGAGGCCUUAAAUGCAUGCAGUGAUCCUCUGCAUCUGUUGAGAGGCAUUCUACAUGUAUCCCUACAAUUUAAAGUGCAUGCAUACAUGCAGAAAUCUUUGGACCUGAUUUAUGCAUGCUACAUGCACAUGUACAUGUACACUGCAUGCAAGCAUAAUUUGGUCAUAGUCUACAGAACAAAAACACCAGUUUUUUUUAAGAAUGCCAUGUUAACAAGCUGCACUCAGGUGUUAAUUUUCUUCCUUAUGAUUGCAAAUCCAGUGCAACAGGGGAUUGGCUGUUGUCAAGUUGUUGCCUGACAGUUUUGCUAGGGACCAUCAAUAAAAAAAAAUCAGAGUUACCAAAGUUGACCUUUAGUUAAGCUUCCAUUAACUAAACCAACAUGAUUUAACAAACCCAACUAAAAACCUGGUAUCUUGCUGUUUCUAUACAGAAAGGCUUCAACAUGGCUUGGAGUAUUUCAGUGCAUGUGUUUUAAAGUAUGAUCUUCCUCCAGUGAGUUGAGUCUGUGAAAGAAAAGUUGGUUUUGGAGAAGAUGUACUUUAGUUGGAAGAACUUAGGUUGGAGUUUGAUUACAUGCAUGAAGAUUAAACACUAAGAGUACCCACUUAAAUUAUUAUUUAAUUAGUAAACUGUCAAUCAACCAAUUUUAAUUUGUGCAGUGAAUAUGAAAUGGAAGUAUUUUAAAGGU